AUGCUUGUGAUGGUUUUUCAAAAUGAAGCCAUGGAAAAUGUGUACGGAUUCCAGCUCUAUCGCAAUAUUGCCAAUCUCCUCGAAGUAGUGAAUCACUGCCUCAAUUUUUAUAUAUUUUGUAUGGCCAGCAGCGAGUACACUCGUGCAUUUUUAUUGAAAUGUGUUUGUGUAAGGGAUAUUAUGAUGAAAUUCCCCGAUUAUGCUGAAUUUUUGACAGUGAGGAGGAGUGACAGGUUCAACUUUCUUUCUCCAUAA